UAGCGACCGUAGCCAUGCCGGUCUGGCUGCGCGAUUACAGCUGGCGGCAGACGCCUUCGGUGGUCUACGUGACCGUCCCCGGGCAGGACGGGCGGCGCCUCCUCGGCCGCCCGGACAUCUUCUGCGCCGAGCAGUACCUGAAGGUGAACGCGCCUCCCUUCCUCUUCGAGGCCUUCCUCUGGGCCCCCAUCGACGAGGCCCGCAGCGCGGCGCGCCUGGAGGAUGGCUCCGUGUUCUUCACCCUGCAGAAGAAAGAGGCGGCCCCGUGGGACUCCUUCCUGGCCGAAAAGGUUGGCAAGGAAGAAAUGCAGAGAAUCCGAGAGGAUGCUGUGCUCAGAGCCCACGAGAAGGCGAAAGAAGAAAUGGAUGCCAAAGCCAUUCGGAAACGAGAACAUUCCAAGUGCGCUCUGGAGGCCACCCUGAAGCUCGAAGAAGCAGAAAGGAAAAGGGUCGAGGACCUGAAAGAAGAGGAGCGGAAAAAAGCCACAGAAGAGAUCGAAAAGUGGAAGGAGCAAAAUGAAAAGCAGCGUAAGCUGCAAGAAAGGGACCCCGUGGACCUGAUUAGAAAAAAGCAAGAGGACUAUGAGAUCAGAUCUGGGAGUGGACGAGCGGCCCAAACAGCAAGUGGAACGCGGGGAGCUGGAAGUUCUGGAAAUAUGUUUUCUGAGAAGCUAAAGGAAGAGUCUGUUCCUGGUCCACGGCGUGCUGGCAGCAUACAGCUCAAGUUCACACCUCGCGUCUUCCCGACAGCUCUCAGAGAAUCCAGGGUCCAAGAAGAGGAGGAGUGGCUGCAGAAGCAAGCAGAGGCUCGGAGAGUGAUCAGUACGGAUCUCGCUGAGCUGGGGGAUUUGUCCGAAGAGGAGAAGAAUCCCGACUGGCUGAAGGACAAGGGCAAUAAAAUGUUUGCCACUGGGAAUUUCCUUGCUGCUGUGGGUGCCUACAAUUUGGCCAUUCGUAUCAACAGUAAGAUUCCAGCCCUGUACUUGAAUCGAGCCGCUUGCCACUUGAGGCUGAAAAAUCUGCACAAGGCCAUUGAAGAUUCCUCCAAGGCCCUGGAUUUAUUAACUCCGCCCGUUCCAGACAAUGCUAACGCCAGAGCGAAAGCUCACGUCAGACGAGGGACGGCAUUCUGUGAGCUGGAACUGUACGCUGAAGGUCUGCAAGAUUAUGUGGCUGCCCUCAGGAUUGAGCCCACAAACAAAAGUAUCUCAGAGGAUGCUGAGAAGAUCCGACGCAUCAUCCAAGAAACAGGAUGAUUUUGAUGGGAGCCCCCGGCUUGGGAGAGCAGCUGGAGGCCUUGUGAGCUGGCCCUGAUGCUGCUCAGCGGAGGGAGUUCUUUUCUGGGACGAUGCUUCGGUACAGCAUCGCUGGGGUUAAAGGUCUUCUUCUCCGGCUCAUCUUAAGUAGUAACUGUAAA